UAUACAUUUUCGAAAACCAGAUACAUUUAAAGAAAUAUAAUAUGGGUCACAUGAAAAACUAUAGAUGCUCAUUUGCAAAGAUGUAUAUAAUAACACUACACCUACUAGCGGGUGGCGCCACUAAACAUUUUCGAAAACCAGAUACAUUUAAAGAAAUAUAAUAUGGGUCUCAAUGAUCAUUUUUGAAAACUAAUAUCAAGAUCGCAUUUUAAGAAAAAGACGGGUAUUUUUCAAAGUAAAAAGGUACACCCCCUAUUAGUGGGGUUGUUAGGUACAUUUUACGAAAAGCAAACAUAGUUUUCGAUUAUUCAGUCUUAUAUUUUACCGCGUACAAGGCAGUACAAGAUUUCUUCAGCUAACGAAAAAUUCAACAAGUCCAAGCUGUUAAACAUGACGAACAACUACAAUGAAUUCGAUAUUCAAGAAAUAAUCAACGAAUCGCUGAUAUUCCCGUCAUCAAUGAUAGAGAGUACGACUAUUCCAUAUAGUCCCAUAACUCCAUCGGAAGCUUUUUCACCUGACAUGUUCCCGUCAUCAAUGAUAGAGAGCAUAACUGCUCUAUAUAGUGCAAUAACUCCACCGGAAGCUUUUUCACCUGACAUGUUCCCGUCAUCAAUGAUAGAGAGCAUAAAUGUUCCAUAUAGUGCAAUAACUCCACCGGAAGCUUUUUCACCUGACAUGUCCCCAUCGCCAAGCAUGUUACACAUGCUUCCGUUAAAGACUCCUCGCGAGUUUCACAAUUUGAUUAUCGGGGUUAUUAAACAAUGCGAGAUCAAGUCUUCUUCCUGGGGUGACGAUGAGGACGAAAAUCACGCGCUGAAUAUGGUUAUGGAGCGGUAUGAAAAUACCAUCACCGCCGCUUCUGAUGACUGGGGGGGGGGGGGGGUAACGAAGAAGAAAAUGUGA